ACUGUGUGUAUGCAUCAUUUUGCACAAAGAUGGAUUCUGUUAGUCUCCUUCAGCCUCUCCACAAUCUAUCUUCCACCAUCUUCUUUUCACAGCAGCGAACUCCUCGUUUGACGAUUCAUUUAACAUCCUCCCUGAAACCUUUACCCUCGAAAAGACUCAAUCUUUCGAAACCCUCUACUCUCACAUUUGCUCUUGCCGAAUCAGAUUCUCCUCAGCCUUUAGAAACAAGCUCGAAAUCUCUUCUCCUCCAACUCUCUAAGUGUUUAGAUCUUCCAUCAGAUUACUUCCAGCAGCUACCAAGUGAUCUUCGUCUCGAUUUAAAUGAUGCUGCCUUUGAUCUCUCCAAUGGACCCAUCAUCGAUGAGUGUGGUCAAGAGCUUGGGGAGACGUUACUGAAUCUGUCCCGUGCUUGGGAACAAGCUGACACAUCAACCUCUCGUACUUUAGUGAAGAAACUUCCCCAACUGGAAACUUCUUUAACAGAUGGUGCCAAAUCAGCCUUUGGGAGGCGUCUGAUAUCUGCGGGCAAAAGGUUCAGGGGAAUGGGACAGUACGGUCAAGGUGAAUUACAGAAGAUUGCUGAAGCGAUGAUUACAACUGGAGAGGUCUUAUCUGUAAAUACAUCACCUGCCUCAGUCGGUAAUGAAUCCAAGUCAAAUACGAGGAUGUUUAAGUUUGGGGAGCUUCAGGUUGCUGUGAGUGCAGAGAAAGCAUACGCUGGAGCUGCCAUUGCCUUCGUCUUUGGGAUACUGUCAUGGCAAAUCAGUCAAGGAAUCCAAAGCAUACCAGAGAGCUCAUUGCAGUAUGCUAAUGACAAUGCAUUGCAACUCGCAAAGUCUCUAAGAGGGUCUCUUCUAGCUACGUUUUAUGCGUCAGCCGUCUUGUCAGGAUUCACAACAGCUGGGCUCCUCCUUCUCGCUAAGCAGCUUUCAUCAGAGAAAGACUCAUCAUAAUCCUUCCGGGAUGAUCUCUCUAAUAUGAAUCAUGUUUAUUAUUGUAUCUACUACAAUCUUUAAUUCUGCCUGUUAAACUGUGGAAUGGGUUGAGUUGUAUUUUGUUUUCAGAGCAAAUGAAAUCUCAUUUGAUAUGAGUGA